UGGAGGAACGGAUUCUUUGACAUUUCAAAGGCAGUGUUCGUUUUCUGAUACGAAAAUAUCAAUAAUGAUCAAUAUCUCAAACAAAACAAUAGUUGCGACAAUAUUAUAACAAUAUUUCGCUCCAUAUUCAAUCAAAACUUUGAGAAUGUGUGAUGUUUGUUCGGAGUUCUCACAUCUUUUAGUUAACUGCGAAACGCGACUAACCGACGAUGUGUCCCAAUAUCCCUCAAUAAGUCAGACUGAGCUUGAAACAGUAUUAAAUUACAUUCUUUCCUGGCCACAAAGGCAAUGUAUGUGUUGCUACCGUGACGUUAAAAAUUUUGAAAGAUUUUAUCUUGUUGUGCAAAGUAUUAUUUGUCUUUCUGUAUUUCAACUCAAAUUACUCAAAGAUGAACUAAUUGCUGCAUCAGAUAGUCCACCAAAUAAUUCGUCAGAUACCAGUCUCGAGAUACCAAAGGAUGAGAAGAAUAGCUCAACAAAGAAUGAUGAGAGUGAUGAAAAAUCUGUGGAAGAUUUAAAACAUGAGAGUACAAAAAAACCAGAGCCCAGUGAACAGAGUUCUAACGAUGUAUCAAAAACGGAAAAGUUAUCCACAAGUACAGAGAAUGAGCCAUGGCCCAUACAACAGAGAGAAAAACUCUUACACAUUGUGUCAAAAGUUUUUCUUCAUAACUUUCCAUUGUACUUAGCUUGCAAGCACUCCACUUUGAGUAGACUUGAUGAUCUCUCCGCUCAAGAAAUAUCGAAUCUAAGCUCAUAUUGUGACUUGCAUGAUACUGAGAUACCACCAUAUUUAUUGAGAAAUGUAAAUUUAUUUUGUAAAUUGGGUGGGGUCUGUGCAAUGACUGCUGUAUUUGAACAUGCCACAGCAAGCACACUACCACUGUCUAUGGCACAUGCAAUUGUAGCAGCAGUAGGAAAUUUGAAACUUUGGUUGAAUUUUAGAGCUGUAGCUCAACAAUUCAUGCCUUUACGGAGCAAAAUACUCAAAUACAUGUGUAGCUUAGAGGAUAAAGACUUAAGAGUCCCUGCAGUGAAAUCAAUGGCGGAUUUCAUGUGGGGUGCAGCAAAAGAGCCACUAGAUUCACCGCUUGCCUUUGAUGAAGAUGGGCUUGCACUGGCUUUCAAAUACUUUAAUAGCAGUACUUUAACAAUGAGGUUAGCUGGUAUAGCCCAGAUCAAUGCUCAUAUAGCUGCUCACAAUGAACUGUGUGCGGGAGAAUCAGCAGCUGAUGCAGAAGUGGCUGGACAGCAAUUAGCUGCUUGGUUAUCAUUCAAUAACAUCAUUGAACAUUUGUUUGGACCAAAUUUGCAUGUUGAGGUUAUCAAACAGUCCCACAUGAUCCUCAAGUUCCUAGCUGUGGAGGGUCAAGUCACCUCAGAACAUGUAGAGCUGGUCUGGGCGGCAGCUCAACUAAAGCACUGUGGACGUCAAGUGUAUGACCUACUGCCAGGAUUCAUUAGAGCUCUGUCUCCAAAGCCAUGUGCCCAUCUCUAUAGUCUUCUGUGUGCUUUACCUCCUAAGGAACAUACUGAACAGAGUCUGUACCUAGCGUCAGCGCUGAUGCGCGCGAUGUGGACGCGCGGGCGCGGCGCGGGCAGCCCGGCGGGAGAGCCGCCGCGCCUGCCGCCGCCCGCCUGCAAGCCGCACCGCUCGUCGUCUGAGGCUAGCGUCAGUAUGGACCAGACCAACUCGGACGAUGAUCCCUGUGAAGAGCUGAGUACAUCAGGUGAAGAGGCCGGUCCCACACCACGGAAGCAAAGUAAACAUCAGCGGGAGUUGACAGCUGAACAAGAAUGGCUUCGAGAGGGUGAAGAACUUACCAAAAAGGAUUGCGCAACUCUUAAAUCAUGUCAAAAACGUAACAAGCGCGCCGGCAGCAGCGGCAGCGCGAGCAGUGGCCCCGAAGAGCUGCUGCGGCCGCGCAAGAAGAAGCUGUACAAGAAGCGACACAAGCCCGGCAAGCCCAGGCAUUUCCCAGCGCAAUUAAAAACUGCCGAGCUCGCAGAGUCAGUGUCGGAAGUGGAGGAAGAGUCGUCUGGAAGUGAUACUGCACACUGUCAAUUGCUCUGCGAUAAUGUUGAUGCAAGAAGAUUAAUGGAACUCCGUCUCCUCGAGAGUUACAAGCGACGUUCAGAGGAAGAGGGCAGUGCGUCAUCAGCGGUUUCACCGCACUCGCACCGUCUUCCUGAUCUCGAUGAGGAUGACUCUGCAUGUGAGGAAGAACUGGCUAGACUUGCGGCUCAGGCGCAGUGUAUCCCCGAGUACGGCGUGGGCGCGCUCGCGCUGGGCGUGGCGGCGGGCGGCGCGCUGCCCUUCAGCGUGGACGACGUGUGCCGGCCCGGCAACACGCUGCUGUGGGACCUGCUGCAGGACGGCGCUAUUGAACAACUCGGCGAAGGCCUCGCGUUGGAGGCUGAAAAAGCUCUGUGUGCUCUGUUGUGCUUCAGCACAGAUAAAUUUAUUAGAAUUAAGUUCAUUGAAGGCUGUCUAGACAACCUCGCGAAUCACAGGUCUGUUGCUGUAUCUCUUCGGCUGUUGCCGAAAUUGUUUUCAUCUUUUCAACAAUUGCGUGGCAUGGAUAUGCAUCAGGUGGUAAUGUGGGCGGAGCGAGAACGUGGCAUGAUGCGAUUGUUUCUCGAGGACCUGCGUCACUAUGUCAAGCAACGAGCUAGUGCGAGCGCUAGUGCAAGUGCAGGUGCCAGUGGUGCAAGCGAGGCACAGCACUACGCGCACAUAACUGAGUUAACCGUGCGCUUACACUUUCUUACUGCUAUUUUCUCGCCGGUCGGAUCUCCACAUCAUUUUAGACUCACAGUAGAACAAGUGGAGGAGCUGUGGCAAUGCCUUGUGGUAGAAGGUACCAGUGAGUGUGCAGACUGUUUGUACUCAUGGCUAUUGUCGCACACUAAGACGCCCGACCAACACGCGCUUGGAUUGGAUGCUCUGAGAUUUUUAUAUGUAGAAAAGAUGCCUACUCUUGAUCCAGAGACAAUCAGCAUAAUGGGCCUCAGCCUAUACCAGCAGCUAUGUAACUUGGCACGCAUGGCGCUCGGUGCGGGCGACACGCACCCGCACCAUCCGCACCACGCCCACCACCCGCACACGCUGGCCAUGGACCAUCUGUGGAAGAUUGCACUGCGGGCCAACAGUACUGAUGUAUCAAUGGGUGCCAUCCAGUACUUGAACAGCUAUUAUAUGGGGCAGCAAUUACAGCAAGAGGAUGAUUUUGUGUCAAAGUGCAUGUUUCAUUUAUCGUCUGCGGCUGAGAGGCUAAUUUCCAAAAGUCAAGAUGGUGAGGGCACUUCGAAUCAGGAUAUAAAGUGCGAUGAUGGAAAAGAAGAAAAAACGACCGAUAAACAGAAUAUAUAUGAACACAUGACGGAAGAGGCCGCUCUCCAAUGUAUACAGAGGGCGUUACUGUUACUGAAGACUCACUUGGAUACUUUUAAAAGAAGGUACGCGUACCACCUGCGGCGCUGGGCGCUGGCGGAGUCGGGCGCGUGGGAGGGCGGCGCGGGGAGCGCGGGCGGCGCGGGCGGCGCGGGGGGAGCGGGCAGCGUGCGCGUCACGCUGCAGCCGGCCGGCGCGGGCCCGCGCGCGCUGCUCACGCUGCACCACUCCGACCUGGUGGCGCACCUGCGCGCGCACGUGCACGUCUGGUGGGAGAAACAGAUUCAAGGCGAGGAAGCCGUAACAGCUCUAUCGACGGAUGGGCCAUUAAGAAUGAUAACUCAGGGGCAAGAACUGACUAUUGAUUAUGAUGAACGUACUUUGUAUGAUAUGGGGUUUAAAGAUAAUCAGCUGGUGUUCGUGUCGGUGGGCGUGGGCGGGCGCGCGGCGUGGGCGGAGUGGCCGUCCGCGCAGCCGGCGCCGGCGCGCGCGCGGCUGCCCACGCACCUGCUGCUCGACCCCACGUACUUCCACCACCUGUUCACGCUCAUGCAGGCGCUCGGCCAGAUGAAGGAGCCUGCGGCUAAUGGGGAACUCAUGGCCCAUACAAAAGCACAACUAUUAUCACGUCGCGUAUGGGAUAUUCUACAAGCAGUUCCACUAAAUCCUACUCUCCUGGAAGCAUUUCAAAAUCCCUCCGAAAAUAAGUUGCCAGAACUUUUGGAUCCAACGAGUCCGCAAAAACUCAUGUAUUCCUUGCAUAUUAUCGAUAAGUUGAGCUCGAACAAUGGCAAUCCCAACGUGAAGGAAAGUUCUGGAAUAAUUACUGGUACUUUGGAAAAGACCGAAGAUAAAGUAGUUGUGGAUAAUUGGAAUGAAUUGUUUAUAAAGAAAGGUGGUCUGAGGUUGCUGUAUGAUAUUAUGAUGUCUGGUGUGUUACAACGAAGCGAUGACAGCGAAUGGCGACAGGAUUGUCUAGCAUUGUUACUGCAGCUCUUAUGUCGCAUUGGCACGUUGCCCUGCGCUGAGGCUGGACAAACGCCUAAAUUACAUCCAGCUUUGUUAUCACUUAUGAGUGUAGAAGAAACGACGGACAGGCUUAUAUCCAUUUUAUGCGAGGCUGCUACAGCCAAGGAACCUGUAACAUAUAAAACAGGGUUUUGGGGAAGAGCGCAGGUGGUACAACACGCAAUGCGCAUGUGCGUGGUGUGGGCGCGCGGCGGCGGAGAGGCGGCUGCGCUGGCCUGGGCGCUCAGAAAGGCGGCACCUCGGCUGUUGCUCGACGAUGCUGACCCAGCGGUACGUCGCGAAGCCGGCAGUGCGUUGUACCGGCUGUGUGCGGGGGGCGAGGUGUCGGUGCUCGCGCCGCUGUUGCAGCUGCUGCUGCAGCACUUGCCAAGAGCUGCUGAUAUGCGGCCUCAUCACCAUCACCAUCAUCAUCAUCAUGAGGUUGUCCACCAUCAUACGGAAGAAGGCAAAGAGCCAUACGGACCAGCGUGUCGCGACUAUUUUUGGCUAGUUUGUAGAUUAAUAGAUGGCUUACCAGAAGACUUCUUUAAAGAAGGUGCAUUAUCUGAAGAUAGUGGAGCCCCAGAUCUCAAUGAGUUAUGUGAACAAAUCAGCUGUUCUCUAGAAAAGAGAGAAAUAAUCGAAAAGCGUUCAGAGCCGUGCACACCUGACGACGGACUAUACGGGCAAUUGAGUUUACUCACGCAUCUUCUAAAACACCCUCUAACAUUCAAAACUUCCGAACAGGGUACUAGGACAUUAGAAAUGGUUUUUGGUUUUCUAUUUGACGUACCGAACCCGUCACAUCGUAAUUUGCCAAAGUGCAAGUCGCAGAAGUCUCGCGCUGCGGCGUAUGACCUGCUUGUGGAGUUGGUUCGCGGUGCUCCCGAUAAUUAUAUGGUGCUUUAUCAAAAACUCAUGGAACAUCAUAAACCAGGUCCAGCGUCGUCGUAUCCGUGGGACUACUGGCCGGCGGAAGAGUCGCGGUCGGAGUGCGGCUACGUGGGGCUGACCAACCUGGGCGCCACGUGCUACAUGGCGUCGUGCAUGCAGCACCUGUUCAUGAUGCCGCAGGCGCGCGCCGCGCUGCUGCGCGCCGACCCGCAGCACAGCCGCCACGCCGCCACGCUGCACGAGAUGCAGCGCAUGUUCGCCUACCUGAUGGAAAGUGAACGGAAGGCGUAUAAUCCCAGAAGCUUUUGCAAAGUUUACCAAAUGGACCACCAACCGUUAAACACAGGGGAACAGAAAGAUAUGGCGGAGUUCUUUAUCGACCUCGUGUCUAAGCUGGAAGAGAUGACGCCAGAAUUGAAAAAACUAGUAAAAACUUUAUUUUGUGGGGUCCUCAGUAAUAAUGUCGUGUCAUUGGACUGUCCGCACGUGUCGCGCACGCUGGAGGAGUUCUACACGGUGCGGUGCCAGGUGGCCGACAUGCGCAACCUGCACCAGAGCCUCGACGAGGUCACCGUCAAGGACACGCUCGAGGGCGACAACUGCUACACGUGCUCGCACUGCUCUAGUAAAGUGCGCGCCGAGAAGCGAGCGUGUUUUAAGAAACUUCCCCGGAUACUCUGUUUCAACACGAUGCGGUACACAUUUAACAUGCUCACAAUGCUGAAGGAGAAGGUGAACACGCAUUUUUCGUUCCCGAUGCGGCUGGACAUGUCCGGCUAUGUGGAGAAACAUCUCAUGCCGGCACAGUAUCAGGAGGAGAAAAGGAAGUCGGCUGAACUGCGAAAAGAUGGUGAAACCAGUCCAAGCAAUGAAUCUGAUGAAAGUUUAGAGGAAGAACAUUACGAGUACGAGCUGAUCGGCGUAACGGUGCACACGGGCACCGCCGACGGCGGGCACUACUACUCGUUCAUCCGCGACCGCGAGCGGCCGCAGCACGACCGCUGGCUGCUGUUCAACGACGCCGAGGUCAAGCCCUUCGACCCGGCGCACAUCGCCGCCGAGUGCUUCGGUGGCGAGAUGACGAGCAAAACAUACGACUCAGUGACUGAUAAAUUCAUGGAUUUCUCAUUUGAAAAAACAAAUAGUGCAUACAUGUUGUUCUAUGAGUUGAGUCCGCCGCGGAACCAGCGCGGCUCUGAUUCCGGCCAGCAAGAAGAGGCACAGUCAUCGACAGCAGAAGAAAGUCCCAGUGCGUCAUUAGAGAGGCGAAAUAGUGACAGCAAUCCUGAGAUAAAAUUACCACCGGACUUGCUUAACUGGAUAUGGGAUGAUAAUAUGCAAUUCUUACACGAUAAAAAUAUAUUUCAGCACGCGUAUUUUACAUUCAUGGGUCAAAUGUGUAGUUCUGUGCCGCAAUCACUUUUAACAUUGCGACCAGAGAUCACAGAGGUGGCUGCAAGAUUGUCCACGUCAUUUUUUAUCGAAACUUUUAUCCAUGCUAAAGAAAAGCCAACAAUGGUGUCGUGGGUGGAGUUAGUGACGAAGCAGUUUAACGCGUCCGCCGCCGCGUCUGAGUGGUUCUUGGGACACAUGGCGGAUGACACGUGGUGGCCGAUGCAGGUGCUUAUAAAAUGUCCGAAUCAAAUGGUUCGGCAAAUGUUUCAGAGGCUAUGUAUGCAUGUCAUACAGAGGCUAAGGUCUAGUCAUUGUGCGUUAUACCUACAGGGUAUGGAGGAAGGCGAGGAUAGUAGUAAAUUGGGUGAAGCGAGUUGUGUUACUAGGUUUAUAAGAAUGUUGUUAUCAUUGAUGGAGUCAGGUGCGCGGUCCCACUUGCGCCACCUGACGGAGUACUUCAGUCUGCUGUACGAGUUCAGCAAGAUGGGAGAGGAAGAGGGGCGGUUCAUGUUGCGGGUCAACGCCAUAUCGAGCAUGGUUAAUUUUUAUCUCGGACAAAAUUCUAACACGGUGGAGUCACCGACCGAGGAGGCGGGCAGCAGCGGCAGCGGCAGCGGCAACAACGAGUCGGGCGGCGACAAGCUGCGGCCCGGCGCGCUCGACAAGAUGGUGGCGCUCGUGGCCGGCCUGCUCGAGCGCAGCCGCGACGCCGCCGGCCAGCUCGCGCUCGGCGACAGCGACGCCAAGGCGCUGCUGCAUGCCAAGGGGUUUCCCUUUCUCUACCAACAAACACGAGACUGCUUGAACUUGCAGCAGACGCGCUCGCUGAUAUUUGCGCUCUGCCGAUGGAACGAGCCGCUCGCACAGAAGAUAGUCCACAUGAUAUUUCAGGCGAUUGCUAAACACUCUGAAAGCUGCGGGCCGUUUUUUAAGUUGAUAACGCUGCUAGUGGAGGGCAGCGGCGGCGGCAGCGGCGGCGGGGGCGGCGGCGCCGGCGGCCUGCCCUGCUUCACGCAGCUCGUGCUCGCGCGCCUGUGGGACCUCGCCGACGUGUGCCCGCACGCCGCGCUCGAGUGGCUCGCCAUGCAGGUGCCGCGCAACAAGGCGGCGCACGCGUGGGCGCUGCGCACGGCGGAGCGGUGGGUGGAGCCGCAGCUGCUGGCGGCGGGCGCGGCGCGGGUGCGCGCGGCGGCGGCGCUGCUGCUGGUGGCGCUGGUGCCGAGCCAGCACUUCCGCGCGGGGUACGCGCGCGCGCGCCCGCACUCGCACCACUCGCCGCACGCGCCGCACUCGCACCACGCGCACCACGCGCACCCCGCCAAGCUGCCCGACACCGCGCACCACACGCUGCACCAGGUAUACACGAUGUUAUUGGGCAAGCUGAAGGCGGCCCGCAAGUACACAGACAUUGCGGUGCACGGCACUAUGAAGCUGACUGCGUACUUUGGUGUCAUGUCUUACUGCGUCGUCAGCAGAGUGGAAAAAUUAAUGUUCGGGCAAUACUUCAUGGACCUGUGGGACCUGUACCAUCCGGGCAUCUCCGAGCCGUCGGUGGCGGUGCAUCCUAACAAGCAGGCGCUUAUCACCUUCUGGCACACCGUGUCCGUGGACUGCCCGGAGAACGUGCAACUGAUUGUUUCCAACCCGAGGGUCAUAAAGCAUAUCGCCUUCAAUUAUAUACUCGCGGACCACGAGGACGGCGAGGUGGUGGCGUACAACCGCGCGAUGCUGCCGCCGUACUACGCGCUGCUGCGGCUGUGCUGCCGCCGCUCGUGCGCGUUCGCGCGCACGCUCGCGCAGCACCAGAACGUGCACUGGGCGUUCCGCAACAUCGCGCCGCACUCGCACCUCUACCCCGCCGCCGCUGACGAGCUGCUCAGGCUGGCGCGCAUCCUGGCGGCGCGCGGCGGCACGAGCAGCGCCGCGGGCGGCGGCGCGGGCGGCGGCGCGGCGAGCAGCGCGGUCGGCGCGCCCGAGAUCGACGAGCGCGAGGCCGCCGCCUUCCGCCGCAGCACGCUCGCCGCGUACCUGCAGGGACUGAACGGGCGAACGUCGUGGACCACGUUAAUAUCGGCGUUUUGCACUCUGGUAGAGAAUGGGGACGAUAGACUUUAUGUUGUCUAUAACGGAGGAUUGCAGAUGACUUUUGAAGCGUUACACAGUCUGCACGCGGUGUACGUGGAGGGGGGCGCGGGCGGCGCGGGCGGGGCGGGCGGCGCGGCGGGCGGCAGCGCGGGCGUGCGCGGCGAGCUCACCGCCGCGCUGCGCUGGGCGCGCGCGCUCUGCCGCACGCUGCGCACGCGCCGCGAGCCCAAGGAGGCGCGCGCGCUGCUGCUAGCCUGCAAGGACUGGCCAGAGUGCGCUCGUCGACUGCUAACACUAUUGAACUUGCAUCAACGCUCCGCGCUGUUACCGCAAGCUGCUCUAGGCGUGCUCCGCGAGCUGGUGAUGAUAGGCGGCGGCGCGGCGCUGGGCGCGCUGGUGCCGCUGGCGGCGGGCGCGCACGCGGCGGCGCGCACGCCGGCCCGCCCGCGCCUGCGCACGCGCGCGCACCCGCACUGCGCGCCGCCGCCGCUCUACCGACCCUACCACCGGUUCAUAGACACGUGCUGUCGUGUAGCGCGCAGUCAGCGCUGUAUGUCGGAGCAAUUGGUGCUAUUGUCAGCAUUGUGCGCGCUUGAAGCGGUUCCACUUAGAUUCAACUAUUUCGCCGCUUUUUGGAGGGAUAUUGCUAACACACCGGCGGACGCAAAACUGGAAGAAAUGCUCCUAGAGUGUAGCGUGUUAACGGAAUAUAUUGAUGCAAUCCUUUUAGAUGAAAGAGAAUCUUUAGAAGAUCCCACCAUUUACGAAUUUAUGCAACAUUAUUAUCCCAAGGUGUGCCAGGUGAGCGGCGGCGGCGCGGGCGCGGGCGCGGUGGAGGCGCUGGCGGAGGAGCUGGGCGGCUGCGCGAGCGGCGCGCUGCUGGGCCCGCUGCGCGCGCUGCUGCUGGCCAGCGCGGGCCCGCUGCCGCCCGCCGCGCUCGCCGCGCUGCAGCGGGCCGUCGCCGCGCUGCAGCUGCGCUCCUUCUCGCUUGAAGAGGAAGAGACCGCGGAGGGCGGGGCGAGCGGGUCGGGCGGGGCGAGCGGGUCGGGCGGCGGCGGGGGCGCGGACGGCGCGGUGGAGGCGGCGCGCUGCCACUCGGCGGACGGCAGCGACGCGGAGGACGCGCUGGACGACAUCCCGCCCGACUCGGACGACGAGCCCGAGGACGCGCCCGCGCUGCCGCCGCCGCCGCAGGGCGCCGAGUACAUCGCGCUCGUGAAGGAGGCGGUGCAGGCGCUGGCACUAUCGUGUAACCCCGUGUAA